AGAAUUGGUCCUCAAACGAAUUUACCAUCGAAGCAACUUUCAAAAUAAUCUCAACUACUAAUUCAAGAUGUCAUCAGCAAAAGGUGUUUCCAUUGGUAUCGACCUGGGUACCACCUAUUCCUGUGUGGGGGUGUUCCAGCAUGGAAAAGUGGAGAUAAUUGCCAACGACCAGGGCAACAGAACCACCCCGAGUUAUGUGGCCUUCACAGACACAGAACGACUGAUUGGUGAUGCUGCAAAAAAUCAGGUGGCCAUGAACCCCAACAACACAGUCUUUAAUGCCAAGUGUCUGAUCGGACGAAAGUUUGAUGAGCCCGUUGUGCAGUCUGACAUGAAGCACUGGCCCUUCCAAGUUAUCAGUGAUGGAGGAAAGCCCAAAGUUCAAGUGGAGUACAAAAAAAAGAACAGAACAUUUUACCCAGAAGAGAUCUCCUCCAUGGUCCUGGUCAAGAUGAAGGAGAUUGCUGAAGCCUACCUUGGACAAAAAGUAACCAAUGCCGUCAUCACUGUACCUGCCUACUUCAGCUACUUACAGCGUCAGGCAACCAAGGAAGCUGGAAUGAUUGCCGGACUGAAUGUGCUUAGGAUCAUCAACGAGCCCACAGCAGCAGCCAUUGCUUAUGGGCUGGAAAAAGACAUAGGACGUGAACGUAAUGUCAAAAGCAAAAGUGGUGGACGUAAUGUCCUCAUCUUUGACCUGGGUGGUGUGUACUUAAAUGUUUCUAUCCUAACCAUUGAAGAUGGCUUCUUUGAGGUGAAAGCCACAGCUGGGGACACUCACCUGGGUGGGGAAGACUUUGAUAAUCGCAUGGUGAAUCACUUUAUGGAGGAGUUCAAGAGGAAGUUUAAGAAGGACAUCAGCCAGAACAAGAGGGCACUGAGGAGGCUGUGCAGAGCAUGUGAGAUGGCCAAAAAGACACUUUCCUCCAGCUCCCAAGCCGGCAUUGAGAUUGACUCUCUCUAUGAAGGCAUUGAUUUCUACACCUCCAUCACCAGAGCUCGCUUUGAGGAGAUGAACUCCGACCUCUUCAGGGGAACCCUUGAGCCUGUGGAGAAGGCCCUGAGAGAUGCCAAGCUGGACAAGUCACAAAUUCAUGACAUUGUCUUGGUGGGAGGUUCCACCAGAAUCCCUAAAAUCCAGAAGCAGCUGCAGGAUUUCUUCAAUGGAAGGGAGCUGAACAAGGGCAUCAACCCUGACGAGGCAGUGGCCUAUGGUGCUGCAGUCCAGGCUGCAAUUCUCAUGGGCGACAAGUCUGAGAACGUCCAGGACCUAUUGCUGCUGGAUGUGGCCCCGCUGUCUCUGGGCAUCGAGACGGCUGGAGGAGUCAUGACUGCCCUCAUCAAGCGCAACACCACCAUCCCCAACAUAUAUACCAAAACCAUCACCCCAUGCUCUGACAGCAUCCAGGUAUAUGAGGGAGAAGGAGCCAUGACCAAGGACAACAACCUGCUGCGCAAGAUUGAGCUGACUGGGAUCUCUCUGGCCCCUCGCAGAGUUCCUCAGAUUGAGGUGACCUUUGAAAUGUAUGCUAAUGGGAUCCUCAAUGUGUCGGCAGUCGCCAAAAGCACUGGCAAGAAGAAGAAGAAGAUAUCUGCCGCAGCUGAAAUAAUAUGGUUCAGCAAGGAGGAGAUUGAGAAGAUGAUACAGGAUGCAAAGAAAUACAAAACAGAAGAUGACAUGCUGAGGAAGACGAUUGCUGCCAAGAUCUCCCUGGAGUCCUAUGUAUUCCACAUGAAGGGCGUCAUUAAGGCAGUUGAUGAGCGGUGCAGCCAGACCUUUACCUGGAUGGAGAACCACGAACUGGCUGAUAAACAGGAGUACGAGAACAAGCAGAAGGAGUUGGAGAAGGACUGCAAAUUCAUCAUCUCCAAACUGCACCAGGGAGGGAUGUAGGGAGGGAUGCCAGCAGGAGACUGUGGUGCCCAGGCACACAGUGGUCCAGGGGCCAGUUAACAGGGCCCCACCAUUGAGGAGGUGGACUAGAACAUUAGUUUUCAAAGUGAGACAAGCAACCUGUAGCCAUCAUGUAUUCAGGUAGCCAGGGGUCAUCAUGUAUUCAGGUAGCCAUGAAAUCAGCCAGCUAAAGUGACAUCUGAUUACAACCACUGAUCUAUAAAGUUCUUUAUAGAUCAGUGAUUACAACGCCCAGAAUACAACAGCAAAACAAGUAAAAUGAUUGUCAAAAGAGUCAAGAAAACACCUACCAGAAAACAUGAAUUUUGAACCUGAAAAAACUUCAGAGAACAUUCAGUUAAUUUUGUCACAUUUAUGUCUUUUAUAUUCAUGUCCUCCUCCUUGACUGUGCCACUUCUGGUUGGUGGGUAUGUGUAGUUCGAGUGGGGCACAGAAAUUCUGAUUGGUGAGUUUCCCAGUCGGUCGGGGUGCUGUGCUUCUUGUGCACCAGCCGUGCUCACCAGUCAGGGGUGGCACAAAUUAAAGAGACAUUUGGAAUAUUGAACUGAAUCAGAUCAUUCACAUUCAAGAAUCAUAUCGCAAAUUGUAAGGUAUGAGCUACACCAGGCGCAUAACUGAAGCGUUCCGUUUGCGACGCGUAAA